CUUGUGACGUAAGUCAGCAACGGUUCCACCCGUGGACCGUAUCGAGUCCCCUUUUAUCUUUGAAGAUCCCCGGUGAAUACGAAAUUUGCUGAGUAUCAUAUCAGCUGUAGUGGUCGUUUAAAGAUCGAGUUUCUCGCGUCAUUUUUAUCUUGGCCUUUUGAUGAUAAGAAUUGUAUUUUAUCAACGAGAUAUCGUAAGCGACCAUUCUCCACUUUUAGUCGGGAGGAAAUUCUAAAUUCGAGUUUCAAUGGAAAAAGACAACGAGAAACAAGUUGAACAAUUUAAACUUCUACCAAAAAUCAUCAAUGGCGGUAUCGCGGGUAUUAUUGGGGUCUCCGUGGUAUUCCCAUUGGACCUGGUUAAAACACGAUUACAAAAUCAGAUUGUUGGUCCAAAUGGCGAAAGGAUGUACAAAUCAAUGUUCGACUGUUUUAGAAAGACUUACAAAGCCGAGGGUUACUUCGGCAUGUACAAAGGGUCCGGUGUAAAUAUUCUGUUAAUCACACCAGAGAAAGCAAUUAAACUCACUGCCAACGACACUUUCCGUCAUUAUUUAUCUCCUGGACCGGGACAGAAACUGCCGUUAGAACGCGAGAUGCUUGCCGGUGGCCUAGCAGGUGCUUGUCAAAUUAUAGUCACAACCCCUAUGGAGCUACUUAAAAUCCAAAUGCAGGAUGCUGGACGAAUAGCAAUGGCAGCGAAAGAAGGAGGGCAAAGUGUGCCAAAGGUGUCAGCCAUUUCCCUAACAAAGGAUCUCCUUCGAAAGAAGGGUGUCGUGGGACUUUAUCAAGGCACUAGCGCAACAGCCCUUAGAGACGUUACAUUUUCUGUUAUUUACUUUCCAUUAUUCGCUAGAUUGAAUGAUAUUGGACCAAAAAGAAAAGAUGGCUCUUCUGUGUUUUGGUGGUCAUUUUUGUCUGGUUGCGCUGCUGGUUCUACAGCUGCGUUAUCGGUCAAUCCAUUUGACGUAGUGAAAACUAGACUGCAAGUAAUCAAAAAGGCACCUGGUGAACCCACGUACAAUGGUGUAUUGGAUUGCAUAGGUCAAACGUUGAAAAACGAGGGUGUGACGGCGUUUUUCAAAGGUGGCGCAUGUAGGAUGAUUGUGAUAGCGCCCUUAUUUGGGAUUGCACAAACCGUAUACUACCUCGGCGUCGCAGAGUGGCUUUUGAGACUUAAAUGAAUGCUCCCCCUCUACUCUUCUCUGCCGUCUGAAUACUCUGGGAUUACAGUGACAAUAACUGGCGUAUUAUAGAUGUAUUUUCGCUUAAUAUUGUUCGUUAGUUUCAGAAUGAGUGACACCUCUUCUGAAUUGUUUUGGAAUCUUGAUUAUUGGAUGCACGAAGAUACACUGCUUCGUUAGACAGAUGAGUUCCUACUUUUAUCAGGUAUUUAUUACAAAAAGUAUAUCUUUUCCUUGCUCAUUUUUUCUUUUAUAGCGUAAUAUAAUUACUUAUAACAAAGCAUUUAAAUUUUACUAAAUAAUAGGAAUCGUGGAGGAUCUGAGUUGAAUUAUUUUAAAUUUUAAGUUAGUUAAAUUAUUUUACUUUUAUAAGUAUUUAAAUUGUGUCUCUUCUAAUAAUCAAGGUUCUACUAUGCCAUGUCGGGAUUAAUUCAACGUUAAUAAUAGUGACGUUUAUUCCGACCUAGUAUUAUAGUUGAAUGAUAAUGAAAUCCACUAUUUACGACGAUGGUCGCUUAUUUUCAUUAUUAACGAACUAGUCAUCGUAGAUUUUGUUGUUUCAAUUUAAUUAUCUUCUAAAACCAGUGUUUCCAAAAUCUUAUUUAAUUCUUGUUAUUAUUUUAAUUUUACUAAUUUAGGAAUUUAGGAAUAUAAAGGAAUUUUAACUUAUUGAAAUUCCAAAUUUCUUAUGUAUUAGUUGAAAGAAUCAUUGAUGUAUAUUUAUUUUAAUGAAAGAUGGAAUCGUAUAUGAAUGCUAAAAAAUGCAAGGUAUGUUACAUAUCUAAAUAUAUUAUUUGUAAAUAACUAUUUACAAAUAAGAAAAGGUGGAUUAAAAAUUGUUAAUGUUAUUUUAAAUUUAAAUUUUUAUAAAUAUAUUUAAAAAUGUUAUGGAAACACUGGUAGUAUAUCAUGAUAAAAGGAGCCUAUAUUUACGAACUUUUAGUUUCAUAUUCUAGCUAAUUUAGUUAUCAAGAAUUGUUACAAUUAUAAGAAUGAAAUGAUACGACAGAAUAACUCUUAAUUGAUGUGAUCAAUAAUAAAUUCAUUCCAUAUUAAUUUUAAAUUUUAUAUCUUUAUUAGUUUUAUUAAUUACAGAAAUAUUAUAAAGAUUUCGAAAUUAGUAAAAAAAUUUUUUUGAUACUUUUAUAUAUUGUUUUUUAAUUAUUAAGAUGUUUUAAAGAUAUCAUAGCAAUUAAGAGUUAAACUGUUCCCCUUUCUUUAUUCUUCCUGGGCAAUUUUGCGGGGAAAUUCUAGAUAACUUUCUUCGAAGGAAGUUCAUGUCAAUUCUGGGAACGGUUGAUUAAAAAUAUAAUAAAAAUCUUAAUGUACAUUGACAUUGUACAAAAGUGAAGUUAAUCAAUUUUUUUGGACAACGAAUUAUUAAAUUUUAUUCGUUCAAAAAUGAAAGAAAUAAUUCUUUUAAAGUUUUAUGCAUUUGCAAUAUUAGAAAUUGUAUAGAUUUAGCGUUGAAUUUAUUUUAACCAACAUAUCCUGCAAUUAUAUUAAAGAAAGGAGUAAAAUGAUUUGCUUCGUUAAAGUAUUCAUUUAUUUAACAGUUAUUUCUGCAAAACUUUUUUUAUUAAAAUCGUAUAUACAAAAUCAGAGUGGAAAAAACGAAACAAAUUUAAUAUUAUGGUUCUUAAUUAGCUCUUUUUGAAAUUUCACAUUCUUUAACGCUAAUCCUUGCAUUUAGAUUUCUACAGUGUCAACUGUCCAUUUGAAGUUAAUAAAAAUCAAAAUCUUCCAUUGA